UGCUGGAGGAUUGCUUCUCAUUUGACUGUAUCGCUGGAAUCAGAUGAGCCCCCCUAUUGGGUGCUCUAGUGGUACAGUCCAAUCGCAGUUUGGAGUUGUUGCUGAGGAGGUUUCGUAGUCCGGCGGACAGACAAACGUGUUCGAUGGAAGACGGCUCUACUUUCAAAAUGUUCCUGCCUUGCCUAAGGAAUUACCCGCUUUACAAAGGACAGCAUGCUGUAUUUAUUGUUCUUCUGUACAUCUUGACAGGUGUGGGGUGCAGUCAGGUGUUGGUUCCCCAGAAGGUGAGUGCUGUAUUGGGGAAGAAUGUGACGUUGGGCUGUAGCGUGGAGGUGGGGGCCAACCUCAGUCUUACCCAGAGUUCCUGGGAGCGCCGGCUCCCCACAGGCUCGGUGACUGUGGCGGUGUACAAUCCCGUGUUCGGCAUCUCGAUCCCCCCAAACUAUGUGCGCCGCCUGUCCUUCCGCUCGCCCUCCUCCCAUGACGCCACCAUCGUACUGGAGGAUGUGGGCUUUGAGGACAUUGGAGUGUACACCUGCAAGGUGGCCACCUUCCCCCUGGGCAACACACAGGCCUCCACCACUGUCAGCGUGCUCGUGGAGCCCAGGGUGUAUGUGUCGGCUGGCUCGGUAGCUCUGAUCGACGAGGGCAAUGAAACAGUGGUGGCCACCUGCAUUGCUGAGCGGGCCCGCCCCCCCGCCGAAGUCUCUUGGGAGACUGACCUGUUUGGCCAAUCAGAGGUGUCGCUACAGGACGAGGCAAACGGCACGACCAGCACCCAGGUGCGCUACCUGUGGCAGCCCACCCGCCACAUCCAGGGUCACGCCCUCACCUGUGUGGUGCGUCAUCCUGCCUUGCACACAGACUUCAGGAUCCCCUACCAGCUCAACGUGCAGUACGCCCCAGACAUCGUGGUCGUAGGUUAUGACGGUGACUGGUACGUGGGCCGUGAGAACAUCCAACUGACCUGCAAAGCCAACGCAAACCCACCAGCACACCACUUCACAUGGAUCAGACUGGACGGGAAAAUGCCAGAAGGGGUGGAGAUAGUGAACAACACGUUGCUGUUUCUGAGGCCCCUCCAAUGGAAUGACUCUGGAGUCUACAGGUGUGAGGUUGCCAAUGACAUCAACCUACGCAGCAGGGACCUGAGGAUACGCAUACAAGAUCCUCCCACCACCUCCAUGCCCUCCACCACCCCUGCGCCUGUCCUAACCGGCUCUGCCUCCUCAUCCACCUCUGUGGGAGACAAGCGACGGGUCUUCACCUCCCCCACCCUGGCAGCCCUGCCCCCCGACAACCACCUGGGCACCAUUGUGGGCGGGGCUGUGGGCGGAGCCUUGUUCCUCCUUCUGCUGCUGGUAGUGGGCGGGGUCUGUUACCUACGACAACGACAGACCUUCCGCGGGGACUACUACACUAAGCAGUACCUAGGGCCUUCAGACAUGCAGAAGGCUCCUCCACAGCACGAGCUCCACCCUACUAAGCCUGAAAAUAACGUCUACCUAGACAAGGACCGCGAAGAGUGGGGCGACCGCGAACGCAACCACGUGCGGGACCGUGAACGCCUCCACCUGCAUCCAACAUCAACAACCAUCAUAAACAACCAAAGAGAACCGGAGUACCAGCCCAACGGCCUCACGAGGGCGAUGAGGAACGGAGACCACCAUGACCACCUGCGUAGCUACCCCAGCCCACACCAGACAGGCCAUGCUAGAUACGCUGCCCCGUCACACCCACUGAGCACUGGCUCCCCCUACCUGUCGGAUGACUGCUAUGACAGCGGCGCUGAGGGGGACUAUGUCUCCCAUAUGGACGGCUCAGUGAUCUCACGCAGGGAGUGGUACGUCUGAUCCCACCACCACCAGGCACGCUACCCUGCCAACAGACUCUGCCACCAGAGAGAAGAGAGACCACAGCGCAGAAAUCACAGGAGGAUUUCAUACAUUAUUUAAGAAAAGAGAAUACUCACAUGUUCUGCCUCUCUACAUCUCUCUCUCUCUAUCUCUCACAAGCUCAUGUUUGGACAUCGUCUUUAUACUGUAGUUUUCUCUUUCAACAUGCUUUUUCAUUUCUCAUAAGGAGGUGUUUUCCUCUGAUUCUGAUCCUCAUACAGGAGGUGUUUUCCUCUGAUUCUGAUCCUCAUACAGGAGGUGUUUUCUUCUGAUUCUUAUCCUCAUACAGGAGGUGUUUCCCUCUGAUCCUCAUACAGGAGGUGUUUCCCUCUGAUCCUCAUACAGGAGGUGUUUUCCUCUGAUUCUGAUCCUCAUACAGGAGGUGUUUCCCUCUGAUUCUGAUCCUCAUACAGGAGGUGUUUUCCUCUGAUUCUGAUCCUCAUACAGGAGGUGUUUUCCUCUGAUUCUAAUCCUCAUACAGGAGGUGUUUCCCUCUGAUCCUCAUACAGGAGGUGUUUCCCUCUGAUCCUCAUACAGGAGGUGUUUUCCUCUGAUUCUUAUCCUCAUACAGGAGGUGUUUUCCACUGAUUCUGAUCCUCAUACAGGAGGUGUUUCCCUCUGAUCCUCAUACAGGAGGUGUUUUCCUCUGAUUCUGAUCCUCAUACAGGAGGUGUUUUCCUCUGAUUCUAAUCCUCAUCAUGGAAGGUGUGUGGACAAAUCUGUUAACUAGUUAAUGUGGCUCACAGUUCACUACACAUGCACUACUGGGUAGGCCUUGUGGUAUUGUUUUGAUUGCAAGCCUGCAGCAAUUUUCCUUUUUAUGUUAAUUACUUUGUAAACAAAGGCAGAACUCUUGCUCCUUUUCAGUUCAUGAUUCUUUAAAUGAAAUGAAGUCAUUUUUCGGGAAUCUGUAUUGGAGGAAGGAAAGAGGAAAAAGUGGACAGUAUUUACUUGUUAUUCCAGAUUUCAUUUCUUCUUGGUCUGUGGUUUGGUACCCACAGAAAGGAAAAAGAAUGUACAGCUUUCUGGCACAUACAUGUGUUGCAGUUGCUAUGUGGAUAGCACGGAUACAAAUCACAAAACAUUAUUGUCAUUAUGUGCUGUUACACGCGUAUGUGUGAGUGUAUUAUUAGUACCAGUGCCAACCUGGUCAAUAUUGUCACAUAGCGUUAGAUGCUGUCAUUGCAGCAGGAUGUCGUAGGUUAGAACUACUUCCUGCAAUGUUCUGUAUCAGUGUGAUGGUCCGUCUCAGAUAGCAGGACAGUAAUGAUAACUAACGAGUUACAACUGAGUAUUAGUUGACUUGUUGUAUAUCACCUCUUCAUACAGAGAUGCUCAGCCCUUAAUAGAAUUAAAACAUAUUCAACUAGAGGUCCCUUUUCACAGAUGGGGGGGGUCUGUAUGUUCAGGAGCUACAUGCUUUCUGUCAGCACCCUCUUCCUCUCGAUUUGUAUGUGCUUUUCUAUAUAUAAUCUGAAAUGCUCGUAAAAAUAGAGUACGAUGUAUAGACUGUCUAUGUUAAAGGCUGUUUAGAAAACAGUGACUGGGCAUAAUACUUCUACUUCUGUUGAUAUUUCAGCUGUGCUACUGUGAAGUAAAUAGAGAAUCGUUGUUCUGUCUAGUGAGAUUUCCUCUGUUACUCGCUGCUCUGGGUUCAGUUAUGUGACCGGUGCCUUAUCCCAGAAGAGCAGUAAAGUAAUCAAGUAAAAUGUACAGACAGAAGUGCAAGGCCCGUUUCAUCCUCUGUUGAGUGAGAUGUUUUGUUGCCUUUGUUUUUUUCCUUUUUCCCCCCUUUUUUUUGUGUUUUUUUAUUUUUGUUUACAAUGUUUUGAUUGAGUCAUUCUGUUUUUUGUGGCAUAUCCUCUUUUCUCUAUUCUCUGACGAUAGCAUUAUUUUUGCUCAUACAAUGAAUGACAUUUUGCAAAGUCUGAGUUGCAAAACACCUGAACAAAGCUGAACUAAGCUAAAACAAUGAUUAUCUUAUUGUACAGUUCCUAUAUGGCAGUUUUCUGUCAGAGCAGCGGAGUUAAAGGGAUAGAUUGGGUUCCUUACCCUGUAAGCAGUCUAUGGACAAGGUAUGACAGAAAUCCAUGCUUUGGUUUAUAUUCAGAUCAUCUAGAAGUGACUUUGUUGAGCUUCACAAUCAAUUUGAGAUACUUUUGGAUGAUUUGGACAUGAUGCGUGAAAAAUGCUAAUAUCGUUCCCAUGACUUGAAUGGGAGUUGUCCCACAAAAUUCUAAAACAUUAGCUUGUGGAAACAGUGCCUGGGAAAGCAUGGAUUUUUGUCAUACCUUGUCUAUCGACUGCUUACAGGGUAAGGAAACCAAUGUGUCAUUUGGGUGAACUAUCCCUUUAAGUGUGCAUGGUAUAUAAGAAAAUUAAGUGGGGAUUUUUGGACUUCCAGAUGGUUUUGUUUAGUUCUUGUACAAAGUCUGCGAGAAUGGAGAGUGGAGCACCCCACCACCUCACCAGGGUCAACCUCCAACUGUAUUUCACAUUCUCCUUGCAAGCACCUUCCCAUUGUGUUCAUGCUUGUUUUGUAUAUAAGAGAAGAGCUACUGUAAGUUUAAAAAUAUAUAAUGCAAGAAAACAUUUAAUAAUCACAUGUUGUAUCAUCAAUGACAACAAGCAUUAUUUUGUACAUAUUUUUUUUGAAAUACUUUUGUUUUCAAUAAAGCACCUUUUUUUUCUGUGA